AGAGGCUGCGGCAGGAUAGUGCGUAAUAACACCGGGGAAGACCUAGGAAUCCUAAAUCUGUUCAGCACUUUCAGAAAAGAGCAGUGCUGGUGAAGUGACUAUUGCUAUGUACUACAGACAGCAAGCUACCUGGCUGGGCACACUGCUGCACUUGGGGUAGCCUCCAGAGAGGGUGAAGGACCACUGGACCUACCUGGCAUCGCAUGUCCUGUUGCUAAACCCUGGAGGAGGGGGAUGUACAUGUCUGGCUGUAUUUCAGGAUACAAUCUGACUGGUAAGCAGUAUCAAAGCAGCUCGGAUCAGGCUCAGGACCCUUUUCAAAGCAUCUUGUGAGAUCUGAAGUCAGCAGAGGUGCCAUAGGGAAGAUAGGACAACCAGGAGGUAUCACCAGCAGGACUGAGCCCACUCGUUCCCAGCAGGUCAGUAUGAGGGUCCAAAAAUGUUACUUGCCAGUGGUCACUCUCUUGUGGUGGUCACUGGGUUGGUGCAGGUCUCUGGAGAAAGGCGCUGCAACAGUGUCCCACAGUAGGUCAUCUCCAGGGCCAAGGGAGCCCAGCUUCACCAGGUUGAAGAGGAAGAACCUGGCUGUGGACUUUGUAAUCCCCGCAGCCUUUCGCAACUCUCUGAGGGAUCUGCUGGGUCUGUUCCCUGCAGGGGCGGCAGGCACCAACUUCCAGGCCACCUCCAGCUUGGCCCUAGAUUGUGGACCUCUGGUGGAGUCCUUCUCUGAGCGUAUUGGAAGCCACUACCAACAUGGGCACCUCAAGAAGGGGCAGCAGCUGUCCUCCCGGCCGCAGCCAGCGCUGCUCUCCAAGGUGCUGAAAUCUGGAACGUUGAAGAAUCUACGCAGAUCCAAGCAGCUCCUGCUGGAAGUGGGGCCAGAUCUGGUCAGGGAUGGAUGUGGGGUGGGAUGGCAACCAAAGACCCUUGAGGAUGGCAAGAACCUGAGCAACGAGGGUCAACGGGAGGACCUUCCAAGUUCUGCCCUGAAGAGGAGGCUGGAGUUCAACCUGACCGAGCUGUUUAGCUGGUGGCUGGAGUCUAAGGAAGGCAGGCUGAGGAUCAGGCUUAUGCCCCAAAGGUCUGCAGCUUUCCCCGGCAGCGAGGAGACCUUAUCCGCAGCCCUGGGUGCAUCUCAGCCAAGGCUUAUGUUCCAGAUUCUCCGCAAGGGAUUUCAUUACGCGAAGACCUCCUCCAAUAAUCCCCUGAACAUUUACACCUGGAACAUUUCAUGGAUUAUGAGAGAAGUGUUUUCAUACAACGGGCCCAGGCCCAAACACGAUUUUGACUGUAAUUUUGAAUCCCACUGUGAUCUGGAGUACUCUUCAUCUCAGAAUAACCAUACAUGGAGCGUCACCAAUGCGGAGGAGCUACUGAAACGCAAAGCUUUGACUGGUCCAAGAGAAGACUAUUCAGAGAACUCAACAAGAGGUAACUUUUUGUUCUACGCUUCCUCUGGAGGUCCCGUCCCUACGCUUAUCAGUCCGUGGCUGCGGAGUAACAGCGCAAACUGCAAAGUGGAGGUGGCUGUCUUUCUCCAGAGAACCGGGAGAUAUAUUGUCCGCCUGCUACCAGAUAACGUGCCUAUUUCUGUGGCCGAAGCUCCACGGACACUGGAGAAAAGUCGAUGGGUGACCAUCGGAGGACCCGUUGGACACAAGCCAAAGCCAUUCCGGAUAUCUCUGGACUAUCUCGAUGACAGGGGGGCGACAGUGGCUGCCGUGGAUUCAUUCGCCAUGAAAAACUGCACCCGAGGAAAUGCACCCGGAAUUAAAAUGACCCUGGAUGGAUCUUUUCACUGCAGGAGCGGAAUGGAAAUUAAACUGUCUCAAGUCUGCAAUUUCAUGCCCGAUUGUGAGGAAGAGGAGGAUGAAGGCGAUUUGUGCCGAAACUUACCUCCGGGAUUUUAUUGCAUGUUUGAAGAUGGCAACUGUGGAUGGACGCUGGAUCCCAAGACGUCACAGUGGAAGAUUGGGACUCUGGGGGGCGCUAAGGGAGACUCGGUGCUGAUUCUGAACACCAGGCGCUCGUCCGUGUCUCAAAGCUCCAUAAUGACCAACGUUCUGUACCCGUCACCCCUGAAGAACUCCACCUGUGAGCUCCGGAUGUCGUUUCUGCUGGAUGGCUUCUGGCUGGGAGACGUAUCCGUGCGACUCCAUGAUAACCGGACGGGGAAAGUGAAAACCAGGACACUCUGGCACUUUGCCAAUGGGGAGGGGCUCGGCGUUUGGGAACAUAUAGUGCUGUCUCUUCAGGAUGUGCUGGGGAGGUUCUGGCUGGAGAUCCACGCUUCUUGGGCAAAGGAUAUAGAGGCCAUCAUUGCCUUUGACAACGUGUCACUCAGCUUAGGGUGCUACCUAACAAGUAACGGUGAAACGACUGCGCAGACCGCAUCGUACUUCUCAAGCAACCUUCUAAUGGAGACCAGCAGCAGCCAGAGGAGGAACGAGACGGAAUCGCAACACCUGGAGGAAGAGAUGUUCCCUUCUCUCCAGACCUCCAAGCCAGGUUACUGGUUUUUCACUACGUGUGGGGCCAGUGGCCCUCACGGGCCCAGUCAGAAGCUCUGCGAUGAGGCCUACGAAAACUUCAGUGUGAUGGUGGGAACAGGUGCCCAGAGAGGGGUACAGAUCUGGAGAGUGCCCGAAACCAACAGAUACAGGAUAUCCGGAUACGGAGCAGCCGGCGGCAUGGGUGGAAAAACCCCGACAAGGGCCCACGGCACAGCCCUCGUGGGAGUAUUUGAACUACAAAUGUAUGACAUCUUAUACAUACUGGUGGGCCAGCAAGGCGAGGAUGCAUGCCCUCGUACUGAUCCCGUUCUGAAAAUGGUCUGCAUGGGAGAGAAUAACGAGAUAGAAGAGGAGAUGAGAAUUAACGGAAGCGUAAACGAAUGGGCCGGAGGAGGCGGAGGAGGGGGAGGAGCUACAUACAUAUUCAAGAUGGAGAACGGAAAAUAUAUCCCGCUGCUAAUUGCCGCAGGCGGAGGCGGCCGGGCCUACAGGGCGAAGGCGAACAUCAUUCAGCCCGAGAGGCUGGAGAAUAAUUUCACUGUACCUGGACUGAAUGGAAAAUCUGGGGCAGCAGGUGGGGGAGGAGGCUGGAGCGACUCCGCAUCAUAUCCAUGGGCAGGAAAAUCCCUUAUGGAUGGUGGCACCGGUGGAGAGUCCUGCCCCCAGGCCGUGAAGAAGUGGGGUUGGGAAACAAGAGGGGGCUUCGGAGGAGGUGGAGGCGGCUGCUCUGCAGGUGGAGGAGGCGGAGGAUACAUCGAUGAUCAGAUCCAGCCAGCCCAGGAGACACAUCUGCCAUUGUCACUGGUACUGUCCAUUGUGACGUCAGGGCUCGUGGCUGCCCUUAUUCUGGCAUUCUCCGGCAUUAUGAUUGUAUACAGGAGGAAGCACCAGGAACUCCAGGCCAUACAGAUGGAGUUACAGAGCCCCGACUACAAGCUCAGCAAAGUGCGGACCUCCACCAUCAUGACAGACUACAACCCCAACUAUUGCUUCGCUGGCAAGAUCACAUCCAUCGGUGACCUGAAAGAGGUGCCCAGGAAGAACAUCUCUCUAAUAAGGGGAUUGGGCCACGGGGCUUUUGGAGAAGUAUACGAAGGGCAAGUGUUGGCGAGUCCCAAUGACCCUGCACCCCUGAAGGUAGCGGUGAAGACUCUGCCGGAGGUGUGCUCGGAGCAGGACGAGCUGGAUUUCCUCAUGGAGGCUCUGAUUAUCGGUAAAUUCAGCCACCAGAACAUUGUGCAUUGCAUUGGUGUGAGUCUCCAGGCUCUCCCCAGGUUCAUUUUGCUGGAACUCAUGGCUGGAGGAGAUCUGAAGUCCUUCCUCAGGCAGACACGACCCAGACUGACCCAACCGUCCUCACUCACUAUGCUGGACCUGCUCAAUGUGGCCCGCGACAUUGCAAAUGGCUGCCAGUAUUUGGAGGAAAACCACUUUAUUCACAGAGACAUUGCUGCUAGGAACUGCCUGCUCACUUGUCAGGGACCCGGCAGAGUCGCAAAAAUUGGGGAUUUCGGGAUGGCUCGUGACAUAUACAGGGCCAGUUAUUACAGGAAAGGCGGCUGCGCGAUGCUGCCGGUGAAGUGGAUGCCACCAGAGGCCUUCAUGGAGGGAAUCUUCACAUCCAAGACUGACACGUGGUCUUUCGGGGUCCUGCUCUGGGAGAUCUUCUCUCUGGGAUACAUGCCGUACCCCAGUAAGAGCAACCAGGAGGUGCUGGAGUUUGUGACAAGUGGAGGAAGGAUGGAUCCACCCAAAAACUGCCCCGGGCCUGUGUACCGGAUUAUGACGCAGUGCUGGCAGCACCAGCCGGAGGAGCGGCCACAUUUUUCCAUGAUCCUGGAGAGGAUCGACUACUGCACGCAGGACCCAGAUGUCAUAAACACGUCCCUGCCCAUAGAAUACGUCCCACUGAUGGAGGAGGAAGAAAAGGUUCCUACGCGCCCAGAAGAUCCGGACGUAAUUCCGCCGCUCCUAGUUACGCCUGAAAAGGCACGGAAGGGGGAGAGACAGAGGGUUCAGUCUCCCCCUCCGGUGCCACCUGUCAGAAAAGUCCCCAAUAAAGUCCACGCUGAACCACAAGGUCACGUGGAGGGCAGACCACCUGCAGACAAAGGACACGACAACACAGUCUUUGUACAAGCCAACCCACCUACGGAGCUACACAGCGCUAGGGGGUCCAGGAAUAAACCUACUAACCUCUGGAACCCUACGUAUGGUUCAUGGUUUACAGGAAAAACAGUAGACAAAAAUAUUGCUUCUCCGGAUAACCCAGUUUCCGAGAGAGAGAACACAGUGAAUGAGGGAAGCUGCCCGGCCGUCCCCAGGAUUCCUGCCGGUAGGCUCCCGGGCUCCUCUGUCCUACUAGAACCUUCAACACUGACUUCAAACAUUCAGGAAGUGCCUCUGUUUAGGCUGCGCAACUUUCCUUGCGGCACAGUUAAUUACGGAUACCAGCAGCAAGGUCUUCCUGUAGAAACGCCAGUCCCACCAUGUCCCACCAAACACAAAGACUUUAUCCCAAGAAGCAAGAGCAAUCCAAGCCAGGAGAAUGCCUAACUGCUCAACCCACCUCCUUGCCACUGGAGGACUUGCAUUAUUGCCACACUUACAGAAGACGUGUCAAUAGAUAUUUUUUAAUAUGUGCCAAACCCUUCAUUCUCAUUCCGAAAAUACAGUCGUCCAGGACCGGCCAACAAAGACCAGUCGUCAAUGACUGGCCAACAAAGGCCACCACCGCAGGUCUUGUGAGCUCACACUGCAGAUGUCAAUUGAUUGAUACGAUGUAUCCAAGUAAUAGGCUAAGGAUCAUUUUCUUUUUUCAAACUGUUAUUUGGAGAGACCAGUUGCAAACAUUCUGUAUUUCUUGUAUCACGUCCAAUGUAAUGGUCUGAGACAGCUCGACCACGGCACACGCGUUACCAGCUCAUCUUCCAUCUCUCCGUACCAUGAAGACUCCACCAGGAGAAAUCUUACUGUAUGUUCGGCUAGACCCGUAUGCCGUGUCGCUAUCAUCUAACAGUGUUUCAGUGGUUACUUGUGGCUUUAUAGAGAGGUACACAAGAAUCAGGCUACGUCCCACCUUGGCCAACUCAUUUACAUCAGGAUAUGGUUGCUGAGGUUGGGGAAGGAACGAAGGCGAUAAAUUGAGUUAUUGGGGAUUGCUUUCAAACACAGACAACUAAUGAGGGAAAUUACAUGCUGGGAUGGGGGUGGUUUCUACAGAUCAGUACAGGGGUUCAUAGAAAUCACGCAGAUCCUGCUAAUAUUACCGGCUACAAGAUUAAAGCAAACUUCUUAUUGGCUGCUAAGUUUU